AUGUCGCUGCUGGUCGAACGACCGAAGAUGAAUCUUCAGACUUGGGCUGCAUUGAAGACCUACAUCAUGAGAGAACGGGAACGGAAGAGGCUGGAACAAGCAACUGCCGAAGCAUUCGAACGGAGGCGUCAAGAACAGGAAUUGAUGCUCAGGCAAGACGACAUGAUGCUGCAGAACAUCAGAGAUGAGAUUAGGCUGUUGGAACAGCUGGUACAGGAAUUAAAGCAGGAAGAGCAGCAGCUUCUCAUGCUUGAGAAGCUUCGCAUAGAAGUUCAACGCGAAGACAACCCCCGCCAUCCAGCUAUCGGCAGAGAUGUCGGCCAUGCGCACGCAGCCUAG